UCUUGUGUUCCUUUUCAGAUCCUUUCAAUUAAAGACUUCCUCCUCCUGCAGAUCCCCUUGCAGUCCCCUAUGAACACUGUGUGGAGUGAUGACUAGCGUGUGCACCCCCGAACCCUCCCACCACUACACACAGACACAAUAUACAGCAAGUGAUUGUGUGUCAGUGAUGUUGAAAGUAUUGGUUUUCAGGCGUAGAUGCUCGGCAGGUGGAGGAGUAGCAAAAUUCUGCAGAACAGCCAACGCUGACGCACCUGUCCUGAUCCGACCCUCCCACCUGUCUGUGUCACUUCUGAAGAAAAGAUCUCUGUCCUGUCCCAGUCAGGACCUCCAAGCCCCAGGAAAAAUGGGCAACAUGGCAACAGAGAUCGUUGCCUUUGUCCUGACCAUCUCGGGGUGGAUCCUGGUGUCUUCCACCCUGCGGCUAGACUACUGGAAGGUGUCCUCUGUGGACGGGACGGUCAUCACUACCGCUACCUUCUGGUCUAACCUGUGGAAAACAUGUGUGACUGAUUCCACUGGUGUGUCUAACUGCAAAGACUUUCCUUCAAUGCUGGCUCUGGAUGCCUAUAUCCAGGUGUGUCGAGGUUUGAUGAUCGGCGCUGUAUGUCUGGGUUUCUUUGGUGCCAUCUUCGCCUUGGUAGGAAUGAAGUGCACAAAAAUAGGAGGCUCGGAGAUCACCAAGGCUCGUCUUACUGUCCUCUCGGGCUUCCACUUCAUUCUCAACGGCCUCUGCUGCAUGACUGCAUGCUCCAUAUAUGCUCACAGGAUCACAACUGACUUCUUUGACCCCCUCUUUUAUGCCCAGAAGUUUGAGCUGGGUGCAGCUCUCUUCAUCGGCUGGGCUGGAUCUCUAAUGUGUAUCCUAGGCGGACUUAUCUUCUGCUUCUCACUGUCCAAAGGCUUCAGUGUCAGAGCUGAAUACUCCUACACUGGAGCUGCAUCAUUUGAGACAGCACGCAACAAGCACAGAAAGACAAGAAACAACCUUCACAAUGAACCAGGGGAGCCAUCGAGGCAGUUUGGAAGAAAUGCCUAUGUGUGACAUUGGACUCUAUCUUGUUGUUACAUUUAUUAUAGUAGUUUGGGGUCACUAUUAUAAUAGUUUGGGGUCACUAGAAACU